AUGGGUCUCUACCAAAAGUUCACGCCCAAGAUAGGCGCCGUUGCGAAGAACAAGGCGGAUGUGGAGGUCGCUCAGGCUGAGGCUCCUCACCUGCAGUAUGUCAAUUGGCGAUCCGACCCCGGGCUAAGGAAGUUGUACUUCUGGGCCUUCAUCAUCUGUAUCGCCUCUGCCACUACGGGUUACGAUGGUUCCAUGCUGAAUAAUCUCCGUAUUCUCGACCGUUGGACGCACUAUUUUCACGACCCCAAGGAGUCCACUCUUGGUCUCUUGACUGCCCUUUACUCGAUUGGUUCUAUUGCUUCGCUUCCUGUCACUCCCUUCAUCGCCGAUCACUUUGGACGUAAAUCCGCCAUUGCGCUUGGGUGUGUUAUCAUGAUUGUCGGUGCCGCCAUUCAGGGUGCUGCGAAGAAUCUCGGCUACUUCAUGGGCGGUCGCUUCUUGAUGGGUUUCGGAAACUCGCUCGCCCAGCUUUCAUCGCCUCUCCUACUUACUGAGCUUUGCCAUCCCCAGCAUCGUGCUCGUGUUACCGCCGUCUACAACUGUCUUUGGAACGUCGGUGCCAUUAUCUGUACGUGGUUGACCUUCGGUACCAAGCGCAUCGAAAGCGACUGGUGCUGGCGCAUUCCCGCCCUCACCCAGGCUGCUCCUUCAAUCAUCCAGUUGACCUUCAUCUGGUUCAUCCCUGAGUCGCCUCGUUGGUUGAUCUCAAAGGAGCGAAACGAGGAGGCACUCAAUAUCCUCGGAAAGUAUCACGCCAAUGGUGACAUCAACAACGCCACCGUACAGUUCGAAUACGCUGAAAUCAAGGAGACUCUCCGUCUCGAGUUUCAGUACCAGAAGAAUUCCUCCUACCUCGACUUCUUCAAGACCAAGGGCAACAGGUACAGGCUUAUGCUCCUCGCCUCUCUAGGUCUCUUUUCCCAAUGGUCUGGCAACGGUCUUGUCUCCUACUAUGCUACCGAUGUCUACAAGAGCAUUGGCAUCACCGAUGGCGAUACCCAGCUCGGUCUCAACGGAGGUCUUACCAUUCUCUCGCUCAUCGUCUCCGUAUCCUGUGCUCUGCUCGUUGAUCGUGUCGGUCGUCGCCCACUCUUUAUCCUAGCCACAGCCUCCAUGUGCGUUACGUUCAUCGUCUGGACAAUCGCCUCAUCGCAGCAAGAGGCGAAGCAGAGCAAAUCCGCAGGCCAGGCCGUCAUUGCUAUGAUUUGGAUCUUCUCCGUCGCUUACGCGUUGGCUUGGUCUGGUCUGCUUGUCGCCUAUACUGUCGAGAUCUUACCCUUCAAGAUUCGUGCCAAGGGUCUCAUGAUCAUGAACUUCUUCAUUCAGGUUGCCUUGACCAUCAACCAAUACGUCAACCCCUACGGCUUCCAGUACUUGCAUCCCGCCUGGAAGUUUUAUACCAUCUACGCUUGCUGGAUCUUCCUCGAACUUAUCUUUGUCACCGUAUUCUACGUCGAGACUCGCGGCCCCACCCUUGAAGAAGUUGCUAAGAUCUUCGAUGGCGAUGAGGCUGAAGUUGCUCAUGUCGACCUCGAAACUGUUGAAGCGUCCGUCAUGAGCUCUGGUUACGAAAAGAAUGAAAAUGUCCGAGUGGAGCAGAUCAGCAGGUCUUCUUAG